CCAGCCUGGGGACAGGAGAGUGGCUGCUAGACCCAGGAAAGGUCCUUCCAGGCCCUGUGGCCCCCAGGCCCCAAGCGGGUGCACACAGACUCCGAUCAUCCACGCCGGGAACCCAGGCUGCCGUCAGCAUGAACUGGGCCUUCCUGCAGGGCAUCCUGAGUGGGGUGAACAAGUACUCCACGGCGCUCGGCCGCAUCUGGCUGUCGGUGGUCUUCCUCUUCCGCGUGCUGGUGUACGUGGUGGCGGCCGAGGAGGUGUGGGAUGACGAGCAGAAGGACUUCGUCUGCAACACCAAGCAGCCCGGCUGCCCCAAUUUCUGCUACGACGAGUUCUUCCCCGCGUCCCACAUGCGCCUCUGGGCCCUGCAGCUCAUCCUGGUCACGUGCCCCUCGCUGCUCGUGGCCAUGCACGUGGCCUAUCGCCAGGAGCGGGAGCGCAAGCACCGCCUGAAGCAUGGGCCCGACGCCCGGUCCCUGUAUGACAACCCCAACAAGAAGCGAGGUGGCCUCUGGUGGACGUACUUGCUGAGUCUCAUCUUCAAGGUGGCCGUCGACGCCAGCUUCCUCUACAUCUUCCAUAGGCUCUACCGGGACUAUGACAUGCCCCGCGUGGUGUCCUGCUCCGAGGAGCCCUGCCCACACACUGUGGACUGCUACAUCUCCAGGCCCACAGAGAAAAAGGUUUUCACCUGCUUCAUGGUGGCCACGGCCGUGAUCUGCAUCCUGCUCAACCUCAGUGAGGUCACCUACCUGGUGGGCAAGAGGUGCCUGGAGAGCCUCGGCCCCAGGCACCAGCGGUCUCGUCACCAGGCUCACCUGCCCGAGACGUGCCCACCAUAUGCCCUCUCCCAGGAGGAGCACCCCUAAGAUGGGAACUCUGCCUUCAUGAAGGCCAGAACUACCGCGGUGGCUGCAGGUGGGUAUCCAUAACCAGUGAGGUCGGCAGUUGAGACCACCAGAGCCUCUGCCUGCUGCUCAAGGCCAUGGGAGGGCAGUGACAUCUUUUCUGCAGCAGGGCAGGUGAGGGAGGUGGGCAUGGCACUCAGGGAGCCCACCCAGGGGCCAAUGCUAGGAAGCAGUUCUGUCCCUGGGUCCUGGCUGGCAGGGAUUUUGUAUAUGGCUAUAGGGUAGGUCAAACCCUCAAUAAAUAUGA